ACGCUGAGAGGAGAGCUCGUUGGGAGGAUCCUUCUCUCGUCGCCGUCAUUCCCGUCGUCGCGAGAGAUAACCAGCGGGUUUCCGCUCACCGAUGGCCGCCACCGCCACCUCCACUGGUCGUUUUCCUAUCCAGAACCCGAAUCCUCCUUCCGAUAUCGUCUUCUCCGACUCUGACGCCAGCAGCGGCAGCGGCGGUGAGGAGGCCGCGGGCCAACGCACCGCCCUUGAGGACUCGAUCUUCGACGCCUACCUCCAGAUCUCCGGCCGCUCCGCCCCUGACCUGUCCAAGAUCCGAUCUUUCCUAGCCUCCACCUCGGGCCGCGGCCCCUACGUCGCCUGCCUCAUCUGUCUCGAGCGCGUUCGCCCCUCCGACCCCGCCUGGUCCUGCUCCUCCGGCUGCUACGCCCUCUUCCACCUCUUCUGCAUCCAGAGCUGGGCCCACCAAUCCUCCCACCGGCCUCCUUCCACCACCCAGCCCGCUGCCGCUGCCGCUGCCUCCACCGACUGGCCCUGCCCUAAAUGCCGCCUCCCGUACCCGAGAACCCUAAUCCCCCGAUCCUACCUCUGCUUCUGCGGCAAGGUCGAGGACCCGCUCGCGGAUCCCUGGAUCCUCCCCCACUCCUGUGGCGAGGUCUGCGGUCGCCCUCUCAGCGGGAACUGCGGCCACCAUUGCCUCCUUCUGUGCCACCCCGGCCCCUGCCCGCCGUGCCCCAAGCUCGUCACCUCCCGCUGCUUCUGUGGUUCCCGCGAGGACGUCCGCCGCUGCGCCCAAAAGCACUUCUCCUGCAACCAACCUUGCCCCAAGCCGCUGCCUUGCAGGACUCACCGCUGCCCGGAGAGAUGCCAUGAGGGCCCCUGCCCCCCGUGCGAGGUGAGGGGGAUGUACCGCUGUGCCUGCGGGAAGACGGAGGAGGAGAGGGAGUGCUCGGAGCGGGGCUUCCGCUGCGAGAGACCAUGCGAUGGGAUGCUAAGCUGCGGGAAGCACAAGUGUGAUCGUGGGUGCCAUGCGGGCCCGUGUGGGAAUUGCCCGCUUCAGGGGAGGAGGACGUGCCCGUGCGGGAAGAAGGAAUAUAGAGGGGUCUCUUGUGAUGCAAAUAUGCCUACAUGCGGCUCGACAUGCGAGAAGAUGCUGAGCUGCAGAAUUCAUCAGUGCCCGGAGAGGUGCCACCGUGGGCCUUGCGUCGAGACAUGUCGGACUGUUGUCGUCAAGUCUUGCCGAUGUCGGAGCUUGAAGAAGGAGGUUCCGUGCUAUCAAGAAUUGGUCUGUGAAAGAAAAUGUCAGCGGUUACGAGAUUGUGGACGCCAUGCUUGUAGGCGUCGCUGCUGUGAUGGGGAUUGCCCUUCUUGCCCAGAGAUUUGUGGCAGGAAGCUAAGAUGCAGCAACCAUAAAUGUCUUUCACCAUGCCACAGAGGUGCCUGUGUUCCUUGUCCCUUGAUGGUGUCCAUUUCAUGUUCAUGUGGAGAGACACGCUUUGAGGUUCCUUGUGGGACUGAAAAGAGUCAAAAGCCGCCAAAAUGUUCCAAACAGUGUCAUAUAUCUCGUCUUUGUAUACAUGCAUCUGAAUGCCGGCGUCACAAGUGCCACUAUGGAGCUUGCCCACCUUGUCGAAUGAUUUGUGGAGACAAACUUCCUUGUGGACAUAAUUGUAAAGAAAGGUGCCAUGGUCCUAUGCCUCCUCCUAACCCAGAAUUCACUCUCAAACCAAAGAAAAAGAAAGUCGACAAGCAUAUUGAAUAUAUACCUGGAUCACCCUGCCCUCCUUGUCAAGAAGUUGUUUGGAUAUCGUGCUUUGGCCAGCAUGUUGGGGAAGAACGUCCGAUGGUUUGCUCCAAUAAGAGACAGUUUGCCUGUCAGAACUUAUGUGGAAACCUUCUCUCAUGUGGCAAUCACUACUGCACAAAACCUUGUCAUGUUCUAAAGAGCCAACAACUGAAAUUGGAUCAGCAUGAAAGAUGUAAUAACGAACAGGCUCUCAUCCCAUUAGAUGCUGAGAGUGGACUUGCAGAGUCUUGUGAAGAGUGCUUCCUUCCUUGCCAAAAGGUUAGGAAGCCAUCAUGUUCACAUCCCUGCCCUCUACCAUGCCAUUCCAAUGAUUGCCCGCCUUGCAAGGUCCUUGUCAAAAGAUCUUGUCAUUGUGGUGCCAUGGUGCAUGUUUUUGAGUGUAUAUAUUACAACAGCUUGAGUGACAAGGAGCAACAAAGAGUGCGGUCAUGUGGUGGACCAUGCCAUAGAAAGUUAUCAAGUUGUCCACAUCUGUGCUCUGAAACAUGUCAUCCUGGUCCUUGCCCAUCAAUUGAUCAGUGUUUGAAAAAGGUCACUGUCCGUUGUGCAUGCAACAACCUGAAAAAUGAGUGGCUAUGCCGAGAUGUACAAAAAGAGUAUCGCAAUGCUGGUCGUGAUCCUAGAGAUGUAUCAAAGAGCCACUUUGGAGUUGCUCUGCUUCCAUGCAGUGUAAAUUGCCCUAGUAAAAUCAAGGUUGUUGAGUCAGAAUUACAGCUCCGCAAAACUAGGGAGGCCAAGAGCCCAGUUGUGGAAGUAUCAAAUGUCCCCAAGCGCCGGAAGAGACGUGAGCGGGUGCAGGAAACCAGGCAGGCUUCAAAAUUUCAGGCAAUUAAGGAGACUCUUUGGAGAUGCGUUUGUUUUAUUUUGAUAUUUCUAAUGAUCAUUGCAAGUGCUUACUAUGGUUAUAAGGGCCUUUUCCGGCUUUCCGAUUGGAUGAAUGAAAUCGAAGAAAGAAGGCCGAGACAAAGAUUCCCAAGAGCUUGAUCUUGCAGGGAAAAUAAAAACCAUUGGAAUUGAUUGUUUACAUAUAGUUACCUUUUGGUGAUUACUAAUAAAAGCGAAUCUAACAUCUAUUCAUAGUUGAGCUAUGUAAACCAGAAAAGCUGUUCCAGCUAAAAGUUGUAAUGGUGCAUUGACAGUUUAGUGCUUUUUUUUUGUUUUUUUGGUGGUAAUACAAGGAGCAAAGCUGAAUCCUGAAACAAGAUUACCAAAA